CCAACAUACACAAAUAUCUCUGUUUGACCCAAUGGUUGACUGGUAGAGAAUGCCUUGUGUGCAAUAAAGUUUAAAUAAAUAAAAAAUAAAUAAAUAAAAUAAAUAUAAGCGUGACAGAGUACCUAGAAACAAGACUCCGAAAAGAAUUUUGCACGAAAAACGUUUGUGCAAGAACUUUUGAGAUAUUAUUACCUACUCGUUUUUAUCGAACUGGCUAACGUAUUUUUGUCGUUCUUAAUUCUUAAGCAGGACUUGACGGCUGUGUCAAAUAAAAGGAAUCAAAUAUUUGUAUGUGUUAUACCUAAGUGCUUUGGCUAAGUGGAUUUGUUUAUAAUAUUAAUUGUUCGCUUGUGUUACUUUUCCCUUAAACUGAAUUUGUACCUAUCUAUCUACAAAUACUUACUUAUUUAUACAGUAGUAUUAUAACAGCAUGGCGGGGUCUCGAACAGAAUUAAUGACUGUUCGGGAAAUGAUCGAUGCUGCCAUAAAAUUCGAUAAUGAUGUAAGUUAUAAAAAAAUAUUGAACAAUAAGUUAUCGCGUUGAGUGCGGAUCAAACGAAACCCCUUAAUAAAAGAUGCUCUUAUCAGUGGCCUUCAUUUGAUCCAUGCAAUAAAAUGCCUAAAAACGACUCCAGGAGCCCAAGUCAGAUUUUGAUACGACCUUGAAGAUCGCUCACGCUACCUGGUGCAUGCAAAAUGAAGUGAUAGUCGUGCGUAAGAUGCGCUCCGAUCACCAAGACGAUCGUCAAGGUCAUUCAACACUAACAAUCAAAUUAGAAUCAACCACCGUGCUUAUCACAAAUGCGUUUCUUAUAGGAACCUCUGGUAGACUACAAGAUGCUGGAAUCAGUCUUAUACAUCAUCGGAGGUCAGCUGAAUGUUCUACAAAGACAUGUGUUGGUUACCUACAGAGAGUUGAAGGAUGCUCAGUCCAAAAAACUAGACAAAAAGGUCCAAAAAACCAAAAUCGUACUUACUCAAUUAAAGAUUCACAGAAAAGUGGCUAAGACCCAGUCUGCGACUGAAAGAUAUUUUACGAAGAAGCCUCAUACUAAGAGAAGAAGGUCUAGAUCUAAGUCUAAAUCUAGGUCUAUGGAUGAAUCUGGAUCAGCAAAGCGGAUAUUAAAGGAAGAUCAUUUCAAUGUAUAUCAUGAGAAAUUACUUGUUGUAUCAAGGACGCAGACGAAGCCGACGCAAGAAAGUCAAAUAGAUUUUCGUAGUUCGAUAGCUACCCAAGAACAAUAUGAUAGAAUGGUGGCAGAGGUUCGUAAACUUCAAGCCAAGUUUGGUGUAAUACCUAAUGUGGAAACCGCCUGGUCAAACCUUCACAAGCCCACCUCAAUCACCGACCCAAAGGCCGCACUGAAUAUGGCCACUAGAUUAGAAGCGUCCUAUAAAAAACUUAAUGAAAUGCUAGUUGUGAUCACUAAGUUUGCUAGUAGCAUACCAGGUAUAAAUCUAGAAGGACCGUUCGACGAAAGUUUUUUUCACAAAUCGAGAAAAACCUCGACAGAAACACUAAAACCUCCAACUACCGAGUCAGAAGAAGUUCUUGUAGAUACACAUCCACCAGAGAAAAAAAUUGAUCUAGAAAAUAUGGCAACUUGGUCUGAAUUGAAUGUCGACAUGGAAAAUAUACGAAACAAUAACGUUAAACGCUUAUCUGAGUCAGCUACCAAAGCCACUGAAACAGCAAGGAGGGCUAACUUGUUGUUCAAAGAGGCCGGUAAGCUUGAUUUUAUUAUUUUAUAACAGUUUAAUUUCGGAGCGAUUAUUGUGGGGUGCAGAAUUUCUUUAUUUUUGAAAUAUGAUUACCGGCAUAUAUUUACAUUAUUUUACAUUGGUCCUUGUAACUUUUUUUCGUCAAUUUUUUCAUGGUUAUUUUAUUACGAUUUCCUGUUUUUGCCAAUCAGUACCCCUAGUGUAAUUUUAGUCGAUAGCGAAACGUGACGUACGCGUUUGCGUUAAGUCUCAUUUUGUAUGGGUUUUUGAACAGCGCACCAAGCGGGACGUUUUUGAAAGUCAAAAAUCUCAUACAAAAUGACACUUAACGCAAACGCGUACGUCACGUUUCGCUGUCGAAAAUAUUUACA